AUGCAGUUCUUCACUUCCGCUCUCCUCUUCGCUGCUGCCGCCAUGGCUCUCCCCCAGUCUGGCGACGGUGUUGCCAGCCAGGGUGACAACAUCAAGUUCCCCGUGAAGCAGGGGACCACCUUCGAGCAGGCCAAUGCCAAGUGCGGCAAUGAUGCCAAGGUCUCCUGCUGCAACAAGGCUACCUACACCCAUGACAUCGUCACCGAGAACUCCGGUCCCCUCGCGGGUGUCCUUCAAACUGCCCUCGGUGGUGGCCCCGGUGGUGAUGGCCUUGGCCUCUUCGGCCAGUGCAAUGACCUCAACCUGAACGUCCCCGUUGUGAACCUCGUUCCCACCAACCUGCAAGGUCUGGUGGAGCAGAAGUGCAAGCAGAACAUUGCUUGCUGCCAGAACAACCACGCCGAGGCGAACAACAACGUGGUUGGUCUCGCUGUUCCUUGUGUUGCCCUGGGCUCGCUGCUGUAA